UCUUGAUUUGGGAGACUGUAACAUCUGUAUGAAUUCACAGCUGGACAUGGCUAGAGUGGAAGUAUCAGCGGUACUGUUUGAUUUAGAUAACACGUUGGUGGAUACAGCAGGAGCAGGACGAGUCGCGAUUCAGCAGGUAUGUGAACGCCUGAAAGAUAAAGUGAACCACACAAACCUUAAAAAUAUCUGUGAGCGAUUUGCCCGUAAAGUUCUUCAAGAAACAUAUGAUCCUUCAUCAGGCCAAACGAUAGACGAGGUUCGGAUAAAUCAUUGGCAUGAAGCCCUACAGGAAGCAGAGGGUAAAGAUCCAGGCCGUGCUCUAGCCUCAGAUUGCUACUACACAUGGAAGAACACACGACUUCAGGCUUUAGCUUUAUCUCCUGAUGUGCUUGCUAUGCUAAAAGAGCUCAGGAGCUCAUACAAGCUGCUGCUGCUGACCAACGGUGAAACACAGACACAGAGGGAAAAGAUUGAGGCUCUGAAGUGUGAAGGACUGUUCGAUGCUGUGGUGGUAGGAGGAGAGCAUGCUGAGCAAAAACCAGCCAUGUCCAUUUUUACACACUGCUUUGAGCUGCUGAGGGUAAAACCACAGAACUGCAUCAUGGUGGGGGACUCUAUAGAUACAGAUAUUCAGGGUGGGAUCAAUGCAGGGGUUCAAGCUACAGUGUGGAUUAACAAAAGUAAUGGUUCUGCUCAAGAAAAUGGCAUUACUCCAGAUUACACUAUUUCUUCUGUUCUGAAUUUACCAAACAUUUUAGCCAAUCUGAGAUAAUAUUCUCUUUAGACAAAUAUUUUAUGCUGCAUUAUUUUCAACCUAAGUUUGACCAUCUUAGAGCAGGGGUUUUCAACCUGUGGGGCGCGUACCUGUCGGGGAAGGGGGGUUGACACUACAAGAUUUUUUUACUUUUAAAACUAAAGCAAUUUAUUUUCCACCCACAGGAGACAUAUUCACAGUAACUAAUCACAGUAUUUGCUAUGUUGUUUAAUUCCCACACUGUAUCCACAUUAAAUGUUGUUUCUCUAGAAAUGCUAGUAAGUAGGGAUGUAACGAUUCACCACAAGACAGUUAAUAACCGAUUCAAAAAUUCCACAAUUCAAAUCGAUUUGACAUGUAAAAUGAAUCGAUAUUCACUUUAAACAGCAGAGGGCACUGGUGCUAUACACCUUGCCUGGUUGACAUCACUGGUGCUAUACACCUGGUUGCCAAAUUCGGGUUUUUUCAGCCAAAUUGGGCUUAAUUCAAACUUGUUUUGCAUAGUUUGUACCUACCUCAGAAAUAAAAGGGCAUUUACUAUUUAGAUAAAUAAAAGAUAAUCACAAAUACAGUAUUUUAUUUUAUUUUUUAAGAGAAAUAAUAAAAGGAAACUUUGUCAUAAUUUGUCUUCAAUUUCAAAAAUUGUAUCGUGAACCCAGUAUCGUGAAUCGCAUCGUGGGUAGUGUGUAUCGUUACAUCCCUACUAGGAAGUGCUCCUCCCAAUAAAAAAGGAAUAAAUUGCAACAGUAGGCCACAAUAUAUUGGUAAGACUGUAUUUUUUCCAAAGAGUUGUACCCUUUACUAUUACCUUUUAACUGUUAAAAACUAAAGCAAUAUGUGUUAAACAAUGAUAUGUAACACUGUACAUUUUAAUUCAAAACAUCCUUAUGUUCUACAAUCUACAACCAAUAUAAAGCUAAUCCUUUAAAACCGGAUAUAAGUGUUAAGUGUGCAAGUAACUGUUCAAGAAAUAACUCUGUACUCAGUUCCCUUCAUUUGCACCAGUCAUAGGUUUACCCUCCUGGUGCUAAUUGCUUUGAUACAAUCAUUUUUUACACCACUCACUAAACCCAAUAAAACAGGUUACUACCUCA